CUUUCCUGCGGGGCAAUCCCUGCCCACCUAUCCGCGAUGUCCCCAUCCAAUAAGAAAUGAGGGAAGUGGGACAGGCACCAAUGAGGCCAAGUUUUCAUCUGUAUAAAACUUUUCGGGAAACUUCACCGGGUUGCACUUUCUGUCAGUCCAGGGCUCCGAGAGGAGAUCAUCAGCCCAGAGAGAGCACAAGAGUGGGAGGGGGGUCGCCACUUUUUAAUCCCACACUGAAGAAAGUGCCUCUCCGUUUCUACGAGGAUGGAGAACGCACACAUCAAGGAGUCCAAUGAAGUUCUGGCAUACUUUGGGGUCACUGAAGACAGCGGCCUGUCACCUGAGCAGGUGAAGAAGAGCCUGGAAACAUAUGGCUACAAUGAGCUGCCAGCAGAGGAGGGAAAGAGUAUCUGGGAGUUGGUGGUGGAGCAGUUUGAGGACCUGUUGGUCAGAAUCCUUCUUCUGGCUGCAUGCAUCUCCUUUGUGCUGGCUUGGUUUGAGGAAGGUGAAGAAACGGUCACUGCCUUCGUCGAGCCCUUCGUCAUCCUCCUCAUCCUUGUUGCAAAUGCCAUCGUCGGGGUGUGGCAGGAGCGAAAUGCAGAGAGCGCCAUCGAGGCUCUGAAAGAGUACGAACCUGAGAUGGGAAAAGUUUACCGGGCGGACAGGAAGAGCGUGCAGAGGAUCAAAGCCAGAGAGAUUGUUCCUGGGGAUGUGGUGGAGGUUUCUGUUGGUGACAAAGUACCGGCUGACAUCAGGAUCAUCUCUAUCAAGUCUACCACUCUUCGUGUGGACCAGUCCAUUCUCACAGGGGAGUCCGUCAGCGUGAUCAAGCACACUGAUGCAGUUCCAGACCCACGUGCCGUCAACCAGGACAAGAAGAACAUGCUGUUCUCUGGAACCAACAUUGCCGCUGGUAAAGCCAUCGGCAUUGCCGUUGCAACCGGAGUCUCCACUGAGAUCGGGAAGAUCCGUGACCAGAUGGCAGCGACCGAGCAGGAGAGGACCCCUCUGCAACAGAAACUGGAUGAGUUUGGAGAACAGCUUUCUAAAGUCAUCUCUCUCAUUUGUGUGGCCGUGUGGAUAAUCAACAUUGGCCACUUCAAUGACCCUGUCCAUGGGGGCUCCUGGAUCCGUGGGGCCAUCUACUAUUUCAAAAUUGCUGUGGCUUUGGCAGUGGCUGCCAUCCCUGAAGGCCUGCCUGCUGUGAUCACCACCUGUCUGGCUCUGGGAACGCGUCGCAUGGCCAAGAAGAACGCCAUCGUCAGAAGCCUUCCUUCUGUGGAGACUCUGGGCUGCACCUCUGUUAUCUGCUCCGACAAGACUGGCACACUCACCACCAACCAGAUGUGUGUCACCAAGAUGUUCAUCAUUGAUAAAGUUGAAGGGGACAGUGUGACCCUUGCGCAGUUUGACAUUUCAGGCUCAAAGUACACCCCCGAAGGAGAAGUCACAAGGAAUGGUGGACACGUGAAGUGUGGGCAGUAUGAUGGGUUGGUUGAGCUGGCAACCAUCUGUGCUCUGUGCAAUGACUCAUCUCUGGACUACAACGAGUCCAAAGGUAUAUAUGAGAAAGUGGGUGAGGCUACAGAGACAGCCCUGUGCUGCUUGGUGGAAAAGAUGAACGUGUUCAACACUGAAGUGCGGGGUCUGUCGAAGGUGGAAAGAGCAAACACUUGCUGUUCUGUGAUCAAACAGCUGAUGAGGAAGGAGUUUACCCUGGAGUUCUCCAGAGACAGGAAAUCCAUGUCGGUCUACUGCUCACCAGCCAAGUCAGCCAAAGCUCCCAUGGGGAAUAAGAUGUUUGUUAAAGGUGCUCCAGAAGGUGUGAUCGAUCGAUGUGCUUAUGUUCGCGUGGGAACCAAUCGUGUGCAGCUCACUAGCUCAGUCAAAGACCAAAUCCUGUCAGUCAUCAAGGAGUGGGGCACUGGUAGGGACACACUCCGCUGUUUGGCACUUGCCACUCGUGACACUCCUCCAAAAAAAGAAGACAUGAACCUGGAAGAUUCCACCAAGUUUGCAGAAUAUGAGAUGGACUUGACCUUUGUCGGCUGUGUUGGCAUGCUUGACCCUCCUCGUAAGGAAGUCAUGAGCUCCAUCGAGUUGUGCAAGGCUGCCGGUAUUCGUGUCAUCAUGAUCACUGGCGACAACAAAGGUACGGCUGUAGCCAUCUGUAGACGCAUUGGAAUCUUCUCUGAGGAAGAGGAUGUCACCGGCAAGGCCUUCACCGGUCGGGAAUUUGAUGACCUUGCGCCAUUUGACCAGAAGAAUGCAGUCCGAAAGGCUUGCUGCUUUGCUAGAGUGGAGCCAUCCCACAAGUCUAAGAUCGUUGAGUUCCUGCAGGGCUUUGAUGAGAUAACAGCGAUGACCGGUGAUGGAGUGAACGAUGCCCCUGCCUUAAAGAAAGCGGAGAUUGGCAUCGCCAUGGGCUCUGGCACUGCCGUUGCCAAGUCUGCCUCUGAGAUGGUCCUGGCUGAUGAUAACUUCUCUUCCAUUGUGUCCGCUGUUGAGGAGGGCAGAGCCAUCUACAACAACAUGAAGCAGUUCAUCCGCUACCUCAUCUCCUCCAAUGUAGGCGAGGUUGUUUGUAUAUUCCUGACCGCUGCCCUGGGUUUGCCAGAGGCUCUGAUACCAGUUCAGCUUCUUUGGGUUAACCUUGUGACUGAUGGUCUGCCUGCCACUGCACUCGGCUUCAAUCCUCCUGACCUGGACAUCAUGGGCAAAGCUCCCCGCUCCCCAAAAGAGCCCCUCAUCUCCGGCUGGCUCUUCUUCAGAUAUCUAGCCAUUGGAGGUUAUGUUGGUGCUGCAACAGUGGCAGCAGCUGCUUGGUGGUUUCUGUACUGUGAUGAGGGCCCAGAGGUCACCUUCUACCAACUGUCUCACUUUAUGCAAUGCAGUGAGGAGAAUGAGGACUUUGCUAGCGUCCACUGUGACGUGUUUGAGUCUGCUCCCCCGAUGACCAUGGCUCUGUCUGUGCUGGUCACCAUAGAGAUGUGCAAUGCUCUAAACAGCCUGUCUGAGAACCAGUCCCUGGUGCGGAUGCCCCCCUGGAGCAAUGGCUGGCUGAUGGGUGCCAUGACCCUCUCCAUGUCCCUUCACUUCAUGAUCAUCUACGUUGACCCCCUGCCCCUGAUUUUCAAGCUCACCCAUUUGAAUGUGGAGCAGUGGAUGAUGGUGCUGAAACUUUCCUUCCCCGUUAUUCUUCUUGAUGAGCUUCUCAAAUUUGUGGCUCGCACAUAUCUGGAGGGAAAAGUCUAAAGACAGAAGAGGCCGCGAGCGUCUGAAGCGAGGGAAGCACUGAGACACGGAGGACAGAGCGAAAAGGCAGAGCGCUGCAGCGGAACGACUGCGCUCCAAGUCACAUGAUCAAAAACAUCCAGCGGUGUGAAUACAAGACACAAAAGGCAUCCUGAAAAUACACCAAAAAAAUGCUGCAAUUGUUUUUCUGUGUAUGUAUUGAAAAUAAUAUAUAGUUAAGGAAUAUAAAAGCUUUUCUGUUUAUUCUGUUCUUAAAAAAUAAAGAUGUGUACUAAAGAAAA